AGAUGUAUCCGACUCUCCCGUUACUUUUAAACCGCUUCCCCCACCUUUACCCACUUUUUCUUAGCUGUUCUACUGACGAUAACAUUACAUGGGAUUAAAGUACGUUGCAAGUCAUUGAAAUACGACGAACUAAUGGAACAAGAAGUAUUAUUAUUGUGUUCUACGAAUAUUUAUACACAUAAACAUUAUUAGUUAUAUCGUGAGUGUGUGUGUGUGUGUGUGUGUAUGUGUAGUUCGUUAAAAACUCAUUUAUUUUAUGAAGCAAGAGCAUGGAUCUUAAACUAGGACCGGUGUUGACUGUUAAACAAGGUCGAAUAAAAGGUGUCAUAGAAGAAAAUAUUGUUGACAAUGUGAAAUAUUAUAUUUAUCGUGGAAUACCUUAUGCCAAACCACCGAUAGGUAAACUUAAAUUUCAAGAUCCAUUGCCACCCGAGGAAUGGUUUGGAAUAAGGGAUUGUAGCAAAUUUGGUAACGUUUGUGCACAAAUAGACAGAAUGACGAAUGAAAUGAUAGGAAGCGAUGAUUGUUUGUAUUUAAACGUUUAUACACCUAGAAUUGAGUUGUAUGCGAAAUUGGCAGUAAUGGUAUGGAUCCAUGGUGGUGGUUUCUAUAUGGGUUCGGGAAACGAUAAUUUGUACAGGCCAGAUUAUAUCGUUCGAAAGGAUAUAAUCGUUGUCACGAUCAAUUAUCGAUUUGGUCCUUUGGGAUUCCUGAAUUUGGAGGAUAAUGUUGCACCAGGUAAUCAAGGCCUAAAGGACGUAGUAAUGGCAUUACGUUGGGUUAAAGAUAAUAUUGCAGUAUUUGGUGGAGAUCCUGAGAACGUGACUAUAUUUGGUGAAAGUGCUGGUGGAGCUAUAGUUCAUUAUUUAACAAUGUCACCAAUGGCAGAAGGAUUAUUUCACAAGGCUAUAGCACAAAGUGGUUUGGCUACAAACUUUUGGGCAUCCAUGCUCGUGGAACCCAGGAGAUACGCUUAUCAGUUAUCCAGCAUGUUAGGUUUCAAAUCUCAUGAUCCUAAAGCUAUCCUUGAGUUUCUACAAAAUAUUGACUUGGAAAAACUCGUUAGAUAUCAAUUCAAAAUCCUGUCACCAAUGGAAAAAAUGUAUGUCUUUACGCCCUUUUUACCAGGAGUAGAUUAUAAAUCAAAUAAUCCAUUUUUAUUACAACCACCAACGAUAGCCAUGAAAUUUGGAAUUAAGGUACCAUUUCUAUUUGGUUUUAACGAUAACGAAGGAUCUUUUAUUUUCGGCAAUAACGAUUAUUCUUCACAAUUCAGGAAAAAGACAGAUAAGACAAAUUUUAAUUUCAAUAAUUUAUUAUCACCACCUUUGUUGAAUUUAUUGAAGGAAAGAAAUCUUACAAUUAACGAAUUCAAAAGUUUAUACUUCAAUGAAAAAUCAUUCAACGAUCAACCGAUUGAAAAUUUCGUUCAAUUUAUAUCCGAUUAUUAUUUUUUACAUCAUAUUUUUGAAUUGGCAAAUGUAUUGCCAAAUUUUAACAAUUUACCCGUGUAUUUUUAUAAAUUUUCUUACGACUCUGAGGAACCUACUUUCAUGAAAACUAUUUUCGACAUUGAUAUGUCAGGAGCCACUCAUUCGGACGAAUUGAAUUAUUUUUUCUAUGGAACAAUUUAUCCAUUAUUAAAUUUAAAACCCCAUCGUCCUGGUACACAAAAUUACAAAAUAAUGGAAUGUGUUACACAAUUGUGGACUGAUUUUGCUAAAACUGGAAAUCCAACACCAAAAACUACGAAACUUGUACCAGUCUUAUGGAAACCUUUGGAAAUAAAUUCCAAAACGUACGAUUAUCUCAAUAUAAAUAAACAAUUAAAAAUGGAAAGUAUACCGAAAGGUGUUCAACGAUUUGAAUGGAAUCCAAAGACGAAGAAUAAAUUAUAAUUUAAAUUAUAAAUAAAUUUAAUAUUAUAAUUUAACGAUCCUAUUUAAGGGGUAACACCACUAUAGAGCCUGAAAUAAAAGCCUUUAUUUGGGAAUUUUUGUUGUUGCGAAAACUAAAUGAGGUAUAGAAUUUCUUUUUUGAGGGUUGGUUAAUCAUAUAUUGAACUAUGUAAAGAAAUAUUUUGAUUGAUUUUAGAUAGAAAAUGGCAUAGUCAAUAUUCGUGACUGAACAAAACCCAGUUUUUUCUUUUUUUUUUUACUAAAAUGGGCGGGCGGAUUCAUAUCUGGGCAACUAUGAGACCUAGAAUAAAAAACAAAAGAAAUUCUUAAUCUAUGUACUUAUUAUCUUGAGAAGUACAUAGGGAUUUUUCUCUAAGUCAAAUUUUGUGAAAAUGUCGUAAUUUUGAAUUAAAAAAAAGUCGACUUUUCGACGAAAAAAAAAUGUAGAUAAUUGUUUAUAAAAUGAAAAGUUUACAUUCAAUUAAAAAUCGGAUAUGUACUUAUGUAGAUAAUACAACUAUUAAACUAUCUUCAAAAUUUCAAGUCAAUCGGUUUAAAUAAUGCUCGAGUUCUGAGUCUGUCCAGUUUUAAAAAUGUAGUUUCGAGAAAAACGCAUUUAAAGUUUUGUCAUCACUAUUCGAGGCGCUUUGAAGCGCUUCGUAAAAAUAAGAUUUCACCAUGUUAACAAUUUUUUGUUUGCUUCGGGACCAUGUUCAUAAUGUUUUUAGAUAUCUAAAGUACACUUUAAGCUAAAAA